AUGGAAGCUGAGCUAUCCAUUCUGUUCGACGAUGUACGCAUCCUUCAGAUGGGGAGGAUGUUCCAAUUGGCAGCAACAUUCGUUGUCUUGUACGAUCAUGUGCUCUGUUGUCAGCAAGAAGUGGACUUGAUUUGGGUAUGUCUUCUCGGUGGCUUGUGGAAGCCACGCCUCAGUGAACAUGGUCCUUCAGAACAGAUCAAAGUCUCUUGUGUCAUACCUCUACUUUACGACCCGCUACUUGGGGGAUGCUAUCUCAAUUGCAAUAUGUUCGGCCUCAUCUUUUCGGUCUUGGUUGGUGUUACUGACGAUCGCCGUAUUCUAUUUCACUUCCAAUCCUACGGGCCUUUUGUGCCAGUAUGGGCCACACAAACGAUCAUGCAACUGCGCAUUUACGCUAUGUAUCGCAAGUCCAAUAAAAUUCUGGCGUUCACGGGAGUCUUCUUUGUGCUCGAAAUUGCAGCCAUUUGCACGGUCCUGGCGCUAAACUUCGAUCACUCCUUAACAUACACCAAUGAAGCCAUACCCGGGCUUCUCAACAUGUGCGCAACGUCGACUAUCAAUAGAAGCUUCACGGCCAUCUACGUGCCUAUCUUUUGUUUCGAGCUUCUACUUUUCGUCCUUGCCAUAUUCGUUGUGCUCAAGCAUAUGAAGAACACCCGUACAAUUGCUGGGAAGAGACUUCACAACACAAUGGCAACACUGGUCAAGUACAACACGAUCUACUUCUUCGUUGAAAUGGCCGGAUGUGGCAUCGCCACGACGUUGUAUCUUGGUCUUCCGUCAAUUUACCUGGAGAUCACAAAUUCAGUGCUUAUUGCAACUACGAUCAUCCUUGGGAGCCGACUCGUGCUUGGCACGCGUAAUUUCUAUUCUGACCCAUCCGUGGAAGAUGGUUCGGGCCUGAGCCACGGGACCAGUCUGAGCCCUACAUUCACCCAACCUUCAUCAUUUGGGUCACUAUCCAGUCAUAUAGAGAUGUCGAUGAUCAGUGGCAAGGGCCAUACAAGUGAUGACGCUGUAUAA